GCAACGGAAAGAGCGGGAGGUGGAGAAGGAGAGGGUGUUCGGCCGUGACCUGGGAGAGCAUCUUCUCCACUCUGGUCGUGAUGUCCCCCAGGUCCUCCAGAGCUGCGCCGAGUUCAUCGAGCAGCAUGGCGUGGUGCAGGGGAUAUACCGCCUGUCCGGCGUGGCGUCCAACGUCCAGAGACUGCGCCAGGAAUUUGAGUCUGAGCAGGUUCCUGAGCUAACCGUCCGCGACGUUCACAGCGCGAGCUCCCUCUGCAAAAUGUACUUCAGGGAGCUCCCGACCCCCCUGCUGACCGACCAGCUGUACGACAAGUUCUCGGAUGCUGUUGGUGCCACUACGGAGGAGGAGCGGCUGGUCAGAAUGCGGGACGUCAUCCAGCAGCUGCCCGCUCCUCACUACAGGACCCUGGCGUAUCUGAUGAGACACUUGGCCUGUCUGUCUGCAAACAGCUCUGUCACCAACAUGCACGCUAAGAACUUAGCGAUUGUGUGGGCUCCAAACCUCUUAAGAUCACAGCAGAGCGAGUCUGCCUGCGCCAGUGGGAGAGCUGCCUGCACGGAACUGCAGACACAGUCGGCAGUGGUGGAAUUCAUCAUUGACCACACAGACGUCCUCUUCUGCUCCACAUCUGGACCUGACAUGGCAGGUGGAGCAGGGCACAGUUCUCUCUCAGGGCCCCAGUCUGUGCAGGCGUCUUCUCCUGCUACAGAGCUGCUCAGCCUGGAGGAGGCGCAGGCACGGAGGCGAGGCCACAGCAGCUCUCCUGUGGUUGUGACUGAGAGCAGGGACAUAGAGGUGGAAGAAGGCCCCGCAGCUGUACGGGGGAAAUUCCACACAGUCAUCGACUUUCCAUCUGAAAGACCAAGUCCACCCAGCAAGAUAAAGGAAUCACCAGCUGGCUGUUGGUGUUCCUGCUUCAGCCUCAGAAAAGCAUCCUCUGUGGCCAAACGCCAACCGCAGCACCGUCCCAGGGAGCCCACAGAGACAGACGUUGUAGUGCUGGCAGGUGAUUCGAGCUCUUGUCAACCCAGAUGUGCCAGAGCAAGUAGUGAUGCUGGGCUGUGUGCUUCCAUGAAUGGAGGGCUGUUAGGAAGCACAAGUGGCUGUGGAUCAACUGACCGCCUGCCGCAUAACAACAGUGGCGGGCACAAGGAGCUCAUCCAAGUUCAAGCCCUCAUUUCUCCCGGCUCUGCUGAAGAUGCUGACCUGAGCCUGCCAGAAACCACAGGCACCAGCCUGGACUGUGACCCAGUGCCUCUGCAGUGCAGCCCAGCCCAAGCACAGUCCGAGUGUCCCGACAGCAGCACCUCCAUGCUGGAGCAGGUCAGCACCAGCGAGGAGAAGCUGAGCCUCUUGGAGGAGGACUUAGAUUCAGGCCUCCAGUCCCAGGCACUGGGCAGCAGCACUGAGAGCUCUGAGCCACUCUCUCCGUGA